UAUUUGUGUCCCUUUUAAUAUUCGCGACUACUUUGUUCUGAGUUCGGAGUUGAGAUAUUUAUUUUUGACAGAGAUAUUUGUUUGAAAAUGGCUACCGCGGGACAACAACCAAAACCGAAAGGGAGAAUACAGUUAAUUAGAUCUUCACUACCAUACCAAGUUUUACUAUAUUUGAAUGGAUGGUACUUUGGAUUCUUUUUCAUUUGUGAAAUACUCAUUUUCAUAUUUAAAGGAGAAUCAUUACCCUAUGCUGAAAAUGUGUUACCUGCUGAAGUCAUACUGGUUUUCCUGCUAGCAGCAAUUGAAGCUCUCAGAAUUUUCUUUGCUCAGAAAGGUAACCUAACAGAAAGAAUAGUUGGUGUAUUAGUAUCUAUAUUACUAAGUAUACCUGCUGUUCUUGGAGCUUUAUAUUUAAUACUGUGGCAGACCUAUGUCUUGAGAGUUGAUGUAAUAUUAGCAUCAAUCCAGGUUGUGUUGAUAGGACUGGAACUCAUCUUUGGAAUUAUAUCUAUGAUCACAUUUGCAAGAGCUACGCCAUAUUAGAGAACUUUAAUGUGGUUCAUCUUUGACAGUUAUCUGACCUGGUGCUGAGGAAGGAUAUACAUGCACUAUAAGAUUCAUUUAUGAGUCACCCAAAUUUAUCAGAAAAAUUAUUUUUUUUGAGCCUUGAGUAAUUUGUAGACUAAACUUAGCUUGUUACUAGUCUUAAUGAAGAUCCUCAAGGUUAGCUCUCUAUCUUCUUAUCAUUAAUACAUGCUCAGUAGUUCUCUAAUAUUUUAUUCUUCCACAUCUGAUGUGUUAUCAGAUGCCAGUUGCAUAUAAUGGUAUUUUGUCAUUGACAAUUCAAGUGUGAUUGAUUUCCAGGCAAAUGAAAUGUAAAUGUACCAGAAGUGAUAAAGGAAUCUGUUAUACUUGAAUUCAGAAUGACAGACUUUAGAAAAUUAAAGUCCAGGAAUCAAAAAUUGUCUUACAGCAAGAUUAUCAUAUACCGUCCUAUAAAGAUAUAGUUUAUUCAUUCAUUUUGUGAUAAACAUUUAUUUUGUAAGAUAUUGUACAUUAACAUUUAGAUUUAAUAUUUUGUAUAUAUGAUAAUAGUAAAUAAUAAAUAUUUAUUGAAAUGAAAA